UUGCGCAUGCGCCGUGGCGCAGUUGGGAACGCGCCGCUAGAGGAGUGAAAAGUCGAGAAAGGAAGGCGUUCGAAGCGCGACCCGCUAUGUGGCGGCGGCGGACUCCACGGCAGUCAGGCCAGCGGUUAGCUAGCCGGUGGUCCGCUCGUUGGCUCGUCUUUUCCGUGUCGCAACGUGAUGCUCGCCGCACUUGGCCGCUGCUCGCGGAGCCGAGUCUUUCCCACGGAGAGAACGUCACCCACGGCGGCGGCGUGAAUCUGCUCGCUCGCUCCCAGCAACGUUUCACCUUCCUCCCUUCGGAAUAAAACUGCAUUUGCUGUCGGUCGCGUUGUGAGAGCGCGAGAAGCCCGGGCUCAUCAGUUGUAAAACCACAGAGGACAGACUCACUGGAAAUGACCGAGAGAAAAGGCCAACAUCAGAGAAUGGAUCACGUUCGACCUUCGAGGUACCAAUGUGUUCUGACCAAAGCCACGUAAACAAAGCUGAGUCGAAGUUGACACACUGCAGCGCCUUAUGACUCAAUUAACGAAACGGAGAUUGCCAUUGACUUCACCUUCUGGCUGAAGAUUGUACUGCAAAGGGAGGUGCUAAUUGACACACUUAACCAUGUUGUGCAAUGAGCAGAAAUGACAGGACAAAGAAGAAAGUGAAGAUGUCCCUGAAGGCAGCUACAACAUGGUGCCUUAGGCUUCUACCACUUCUCUUCUUCUUCAUCUCCUUUGUCACAUACUACUGUUCCUAUGCCAUACUUCAGAGCUACGCCGGCACCAGCAAGUCUGUCAACAGUAGCAAGUCUCUGUGUGGUGGCUGGCUGACGCAAAAGAAGUGGGAGAGUCUCAACUUUAACAUUAGCAGGCAGGUGCAGCUAUUUCUAAAACUGGAUGAUUUCUUCUGGCGAGAGCAUCUGUCAACGUUGGCACUACCUUACGGCAUUAAGGGCAGUGAACUGCAGCUGCUGAAAGUUCUUGCAGUAACAGCAAAUUAUCAGGUGCCGGCCAACAUAGACAACCUUGAAUGCAGAACCUGUGUUGUCAUAGGCAACGGCUUUGCCAUUAAAAACACAUCAUUAGGAGGCAUCAUUAACAAAUAUGAUGUGGUCAUUCGAUUGAACGACGCUCCGGUGAGGGGCUACGAGGACGACGUUGGUAACAAGACCACCAUGAGGUUCUUUUACCCCGAGUCAGCCUCCUACAACCCAGGCUUGAACAACGAGCCAGGCACACUGAUGGUCUUGGUACCUUUUAAACAGCAAGAUCUACAGUGGCUCAAAGAGAUCCUUUACAAUGAGAAGAGGGUCAGGAAAGGCUUUUGGAAGCCCCCUCCCCAAAUCUGGUUGGGUGAUAUCGGUCAAAUCCGAGUGCUGGACCCGUACUUUUUGCACCAGACAGCAGAGAAGCUGCUCCAAAUCCCCCUGAACCCGAAGAGUAAACAGAAGCCGGUACAUCCCACUACGGGAAUCCUCGCCGUAUUCGUGGCCCUCAAUUACUGCAAUGUCGUCCACAUAGCUGGUUUUGGGUAUCCAAACUCUAGGAAUAUCAAGGACCCGAUCCAUUACUAUGGCUAUGAUACAAUGAAAUCAAUGAAGAACUCUUACCAUGACCUCAAUCAUGAAGCUGAAGCCUUAAAAAGACUGGAGGACUCUGGUGCCAUCUUGUACCUGCACCCACAUUUAUGAUACAUGUCCAAUGGGUUGCGCACUCAAUCUAUGCCUAAGGUCAUCUGAUCUUAGUUGCAUUUUCAUAAUGUGCUGUAAGCACACCGAAAGGAUUUAUUUCUUGGCACUUCUGUAGUACUGAAGAACUACAGGCUAAAUAAGACCUUUAAUAUACUGACUCAACAUUUUGCAUCAGAUUUUUUGUAUAGAUUUUGUCAAUUACACUUUCAGUGCAAUCAUUAAUACUUUGACUUUGAUAAUUGCUUAAUGGAUCAUUCCACUGUUGUGAUGUCAAAUGACAGUAGUUCUGUUUAAUAACAUUAUAGAUUCACAAUCACAUCACAAUCACAAUCAGAUAUAUAUAUAUAUAUAUAUAUAUAUAUAUAUAUAUAUAUUCACACAGCACUUGGUCUCCUCUUGGACUGGAAAUAUGAAAGGUAAAGUAGUUGUUUUCUUUUAUUUAUUAUUUUCUUCUUUUUUUUCUUCAAAAGCAAUGCAAGUGAUACUGGUACCGCUGGAUAUUUUUUUGUUCUACAUAAAUACAUUUUUUAUUAAAAGUCAGUGAUUUUAGUGGUAUAUUUGUAUUCAAUAUCACUGUUGACCACGAGAUGGCAGACAGUCUCCUUUGGGUGCAUCCACGUCAAAAUCUUAACAUGAAAUGACGUUGACAUUAAUACGAUUAGAAUUAUGAGCAAACUAUCCUGUUAAGAAAUAAAAUAAUACUCAUCUUGAUAAGGGUUGAUAAUUUAAAAAUUUUUUUUUUAACAGUGCUUGUGUUGAAUCUCACUGGACUCUGGUGUACCUAAUUUAAAGACAAUUUCAGCACUAGAAUUACAAGCUCACAUAUGUACAACAUGGACAUCUGGACGAUCAGAACAACAUUAUACUAUUGGGGCCUUGUGCAAAUGGUGCUCACAUGGCAAUUCAUUAGUAUUACCAUGAAGGGAUUUAUGCCCUUGGCAUUAUAAAGUAGUUGGGUUUAUGCUGCGUGACAAUUAACUAUGAAUGGAUAUGAAUAGCAAGCUAAUGUAAAGCUUUUUUGGUGCAUUCUAAAAGCAGGGAUGUAGUAACAGUGCAUUCUAUUAUACUAGCCCAUCUCUGCACAAACACCCAUUAACAGCAUUUAGAAAACAGUUUUAAGAUCCAAUUUAAGGGCAGUAUCAAUAGAACUGGACAAACAUACUAGAUUUUCUUAAAAUAAUAAUAAUAAAUAGAGUUUUGAUUUGGGUUUGAAAUGUUUUGAGUGACUGUCUGUAUUAUGUGAGGGGAGAGAGUUCCAGAGUCUGUUUGCCGAGCAGCUGAAGGCUCCGGCACCCAUGGUGCUGAGGCAUUCCAAUAAUUUCCAUAGUUGCAAAAUUCCACACUUUUCCACAAUCAAAAUUCCCAUAUUAACUACCAGAAAUUCCCAUUCCCCAAAUUAAGGGAUAUUUUACAUAUCUCCUCCUCCCACAUUUCUUGACUGACUCAAACCAUUCCAAUUUCAAAAUACUCAUUCAGGCCAUUUUAGGAACCAUUUAUCAUAGUCCCAAGAUUCCCAAAUUUUCACUAUGAAAUUUCCAAAUGAAGAGAUAUUAUACACAUUAAUCUCCUUUCACAUUUCUUGACCGAUUCAAACCAUUCCAACUUCGUCUCUCAUUCUAAAUUUCAACAAUUCAAUUAAAUCCACGUAAUUUCAGAUUAGUGUCAGAUCUACAGCAUUCACCCGCAAUUUCUACAGAAAUUGUAUUCCCUAGUUAUCUCAUCACACUGUAGAAAAGUAUGUUUUAUGAUCAGGUGUUGGCUAACAUCUGUGUGUGUCUUGCCCAUAUUUGCAACACAAUAAUUAAAAAUCUCUCUAAUCAUC